CGCCUGCGCACAUUCAAUGAGGGCGUGUAUGUCUGUGUGUCUGAGGGAGAGAGAGCGAGAGUGAGUGAGUGUGAGUGCGGGGUUGGGUGGUGGCCGUUACGUUCGGGGCAACGGCUACGGCAGUGGAGAAGUAAGAAGAGAAACAACGUCCGGCGCUUCCGCCUUCGCUUAGGAGGAGGAGGAACUGGUAGGGAAAGGAAAGUGAUUCGCCCUGGGCCUGGACAAGACCGAGUCGGGUCGGUGGGGGUGGGCUAUGAGCUUUUGAGGGUCGCUUGGGACGCGGAGCGAGACACGAGAGCCGGUAGCUAUGUCUCAGCCGCCGCCGCCGCCGCCUCCGCUGCCGCCGCCACCUCCUCCCCCUGAGGCUCCGCAGACUCCGUCGUCCCUGGUGUCGGCGUCGGCGGCUGCUUCGGGGGGGCUUUUGAAGCGGAGAGACCGGAGAAUCCUUUCCGGGAGCUGCCCGGAUCCGAAGUGCCAGGCGCGUCUGUUCUUCCCGGCCUCCGGUUCUGUCAGCAUCGAGUGUACCGAGUGCGGCCAGCGGCACGAGCAGCAACAGCUGCUGGGGGUUGAGGAGGUGACCGACCCGGACGUAGUGCUACACAACCUGCUGCGGAACGCGCUGCUCGGGGUGACGGGGGCACCCAAGAAGAACACGGAACUGGUUAAGGUGAUGGGCCUUUCCAACUAUCACUGCAAAUUGUUGUCGCCCAUAUUAGCUCGCUAUGGAAUGGACAAACAGACAGGCCGGGCCAAGCUUCUCCGGGACAUGAACCAGGGCGAACUGUUCGAUUGCGCUUUACUGGGUGACCGCGCCUUCCUCAUAGAACCAGAACAUGUUAACACAGUGGGCUACGGGAAGGACCGCUCCGGAAGCCUCCUGUAUCUGCAUGACACUCUGGAAGACAUUAAGCGGGCCAAUAAAAGUCAGGAAUGUCUCAUUCCAGUGCAUGUGGACGGGGAUGGACACUGCCUGGUGCAUGCUGUGUCUCGGGCUCUAGUAGGCCGAGAGCUCUUCUGGCAUGCCUUGAGAGAGAAUCUUAAACAGCACUUUCAGCAGCACCUGGCGCGAUAUCAAGCUCUGUUUCAUGAUUUCAUUGAUGCUGCUGAGUGGGAGGACAUUAUCAAUGAGUGUGACCCUCUGUUUGUACCACCUGAGGGUGUUCCCUUGGGCCUGAGGAAUAUCCACAUAUUUGGUCUUGCCAAUGUGCUACAUCGUCCUAUUAUUCUGUUAGAUUCCCUCAGUGGCAUGAGAAGCUCUGGUGAUUAUUCAGCCACCUUUCUACCUGGGCUCAUCCCUGCAGAGAAGUGCACUGGUAAAGAUGGUCAUUUGAACAAACCAAUCUGUAUUGCAUGGAGCAGCUCCGGUAGAAACCAUUAUAUCCCUUUGGUAGGCAUAAAAGGGGCUGCUUUGCCCAAACUGCCUAUGAAUUUGCUUCCUAAAGCAUGGGGUGUACCUCAGGACCUUAUUAAAAAGUACAUCAAACUUGAAGAGGAUGGUGGUUGUGUUAUUGGAGGUGACAGAAGUUUGCAAGAUAAAUACUUACUUAGGCUUGUUGCUGCUAUGGAAGAAGUCUUUAUGGACAAACACGGUAUCCAUCCUAGUUUGGUUGCUGAUGUCCAUCAGUAUUUCUACAGAAGGACUGGAGUGAUAGGAGUUCAGCCUGAAGAAGUCACAGCAGCUGCUAAAAAGGCAGUAAUGGAUAAUCGCCUUCACAAAUGUUUGCUCUGUGGUGCCCUUUCUGAACUUCAUGUUCCUCCAGAGUGGUUGGCUCCUGGAGGGAAAUUGUAUAACCUGGCAAAAAGUACUCAUGGACAGCUGAGGACUGAUAAAAAUUAUAGCUUUCCCUUGAACAAUUUGGUUUGCUCAUAUGAUUCAGUGAAAGAUGUUCUGGUACCAGACUAUGGAUUGAGUAACCUAACAGCUUGUAAUUGGUGCCAUGGCACAUCUGUGCGAAGGGUCAGAGGAGAUGGGUCUAUUGUGUAUUUGGAUGGAGACAGAACUAAUUCUAGGUCCACUGGUGGCAAAUGUGGUUGUGGAUUCAAACACUUUUGGGAUGGUAAGGAGUAUGACAAUCUACCAGAAGCUUUCCCUAUUACUUUAGAAUGGGGUGGAAGAGUGGUCAGAGAAACAGUGUAUUGGUUCCAGUAUGAAAGUGAUUCAUCUUUGAAUAGCAAUGUUUACGAUGUUGCAAUGAAACUUGUUACCAAGCACUUUCCAGGUGAAUUUGGGAGUGAAAUCUUAGUUCAGAAAGUUGUCCACACUAUAUUGCAUCAAACUGCCAAAAAGAAUCCUGAUGAUUAUACUCCUGUAAAUAUAGAUGGUGCUCAUGCCCAAAGAGUUGGAGAUGUACAAGGACAAGAAUCAGAGUCUCAGCUCCCAACUAAAAUUAUUCUUACUGGACAGAAAACAAAAACUUUGCACAAGGAGGAGUUAAACAUGAGUAAAACUGAAAGAACUAUUCAACAGAAUAUUACGGAACAGGCUUCUGUAAUGCAGAAACGGAAAACAGAGAAGUUAAAACAAGAACAAAAAGGGCAAUCCAGGACUGUUUCUCCCAGUACCAUUCGUGAUGGCCCAUCCUCUGCACCUGCUACACCUACCAAGGCUCCCUAUUCACCCACAACUUCUAAGGAGAAGAAGAUCCGAAUCACAACUAAUGAUGGACGGCAGUCCAUGGUUACCCUUAAGUCUUCAACAACCUUUUUUGAACUUCAGGAAAGUAUAGCCAGAGAAUUCAACAUUCCUCCAUAUUUACAGUGUAUUCGAUAUGGCUUUCCUCCUAAGGAGUUAAUGCCACCGCAGGCAGGAAUGGAAAAGGAACCAGUUCCUUUACAGCACGGCGACAGAAUUACAAUAGAAAUUCUAAAGAGUAAAGCUGAAGGUGGUCAGUCUGCUGUAGCACACUCAGCCCACACUGUGAAACAAGAAGAUAUUGCUGUUACUGGUAAGCUGUCAUCUAAGGAACUUCAGGAGCAAGCCGACAAAGAAAUGUACUCCUUGUGUCUUUUAGCAACAUUAAUGGGAGAAGAUGUAUGGUCUUAUGCAAAGGGACUUCCUCACAUGUUUCAGCAGGGUGGUGUAUUCUACAGUAUUAUGAAGAAAACCAUGGGUAUGGCUGAUGGCAAGCAUUGUACUUUUCCACAUCUGCCUGGCAAAACCUUUGUCUAUAAUGCUUCUGAAGAUAGACUGGAAUUGUGUGUGGAUGCUGCAGGACAUUUCCCCAUUGGUCCUGAUGUUGAAGAUUUAGUUAAAGAGGCUGUAAGUCAGGUUCGAGCAGAGGCUACUACAAGAAGUAGGGAAUCAAGUCCUUCACAUGGGGUAUUAAAACUAGGUAGUGGUGGAGUAGUAAAAAAGAAAUCUGAGCAACUUCAUAAUGUAACUGCCUUUCAGGGAAAAGGGCAUUCUUUAGGAACUGCAUCUGGUAAUCCACACCUUGAUCCGAGAGCUAGGGAAACUUCAGUUGUAAGAAAGCAUAAUACAGGGACAGACUUUAGUAGUAGUUCCUCUAAAACAGAGCCUUCUGUAUUUACAGCUUCUUCUAGUAAUAGUGAGCUUAUUCGAAUAGCUCCUGGAGUAGUAACAAUGAGAGACGGCAGGCAGCUUGAUCCUGAUUUGGUUGAGGCCCAGCGAAAAAAAUUGCAGGAAAUGGUUUCUUCUAUUCAGGCUUCAAUGGACAGGCACUUGCGGGAUCAAAGUACAGAGCAGUCACCAUCUGAUGUUCCUCAAAGGAAAAUAGAAGUAGUGAGUUCUUCUGCAAAGUCUGGGACUGGCUUGCCUGAAUCUUUUCCUUUAACCGGUGGUACUGAAAAUUUGAAUAUAGAAACAACUGAUGGCUGUGUAGCAGAUGCACUGGGAGCAGCAUUUGCCACAAGGUCAAAAGCACAAAAGGGAAAUUCCAUGGAGGAGCUUGAAGAGAUGGAUAGUCAAGAUGCUGAGAUGACUAACACAACUGAGCCAAUGGAUCACUCUUGAUUUAAUUAGAGGCUAAUAAAGGCAGAAUGUUUAUUGUGAAUAUGUAAUAUUUGUUGGCUGGGCCACGUAACUUGAUUAGUCAUUAAAAAUCUUGUACGUAUAUAAUUCAAAAAUUAUAUCUUGUUAUUCAGUGCAUGAUAGCAAGUGUGUGAUUGGCAAUAGCUUUUAAUAUACUGCUGCCCAGGCUGGCUCUGAAUUUCUAUAAAUUAGCUAUUAGAUCUGCUGAGAUGACUUUCUUCCAUAUAUGUGGUUCAUUGGCAGUUCUUUGUAAUUUUAGUUCCAUGAAAGUCUUAAUAUUUCCAACGUGAAAAUUCUCUUACUAAAUAUGUUUGAUUUCUGAAAAGGCUAGAAAUGGAGGGGAAAUGAGACUUUGCUAAUGUUGAUGUCAUCAAGGUAACCAUCUCACAUAUUAGUGUCAAAAGGUUUAUGUAAACUUGAAGUUUAUCUGAACUAAAUUGUGUCUUAAAAUUCAUAUAAUUAUUUGACAGUGGGAUGCAGAUGUUUCCGUGAACAUAAACACAUUCAUAGAGAUAUGUAUUCUUGGCAAAAUAUCUUAAUAGAAUGUAAUGAUUAACAUUUUGCUGAUUUGUGCAAGGUUGGGGAAAAAUCUCUUCUGGAUUGAUAAGGUCAAUGUGAUUCAGUUGUGUUGCUGCCUGAGUCAACACAGCCAAUUGUGUGUGCUCUGUUAUUAAUAUGUUACCAUUAUUUUUGAUUCCUGGCUUGGGCAAGAACCACCUGAUUUUUUUUUUUUUUAAAUCUUGCAGAAAAGUUGAUUGCAAAGUGUGGUAGAAAAAGAAAUAAUGGUAGCAGUAGUUAAUCUCUGAUUUUCAGCGUUUGUCAGAUUCACAGAGAAUUAUAAAUAAGAGUUUAUCUUUAUGAAUGAGUUAAUUGUUCUACAAUUUUGAUCAGUGGUAUUUAAGCCUGUAUAUACUAAGUAUAUUUGUGCCCCUUUGAGCCAAAAAUGUUUUCUUUUUUUUUUCUUAGAGUCCGUAAGAGUUGGCCGGGCGCGGUGGCUCACGUCUGUAAUCCAAGCACUUUGGAGGCCAAGUGGGGCGGAUCACCUGAGGUCGGGAGCUGAAGACCAGCCUGACCAACAUGGUGAAACCCCGUCUUUAAAAAAAAAAAAAAAAAAGAAUCCGUAACAGUUUAUUUGUUGGCUUCACUUGGGUUUAGAUGCAAAUUUUACUGCAUCAUACCCUGAUCAGCUGGGCAUUUGCUUAGUGUAUUCAUCAAAUCCUUAGUGCCAGUUUCCUUGAGAAGCAGCUUUCAUGUUUAUUUCUUAAAGACAUCAAAAGAGUGUUUAUCCUGAGAUUGGUAUUGCACUAUUUUAUUUUAUUCUGCAAAUCUGUAUUCUGAAAUGUACAUUUCAACCCCUAUUCUUCCUCUGUUCACUGUAAUUAAGUUGAAUUUGAAUGGCUGAAAGACAAAAUGUAUGUUAAUACAAUCUCUUACCUAGAGCAUUCAAAGCCUGGCUGUCUCUGUUUGCACAUGUAACAGAUGCAGAACUGUGUGUGUAAUUCUAAGAAAAUGUACGUAAGAAAGUAUUUUAUCAGAUGUUUAAAAAUCUCUGCCUGUUAAUUCAUAAGGGAUAUAGAUAGUACUUUAACUUGUGUUUCCAGAUAAGGCAGAUUUUCGUCAUCUUUCUGUGAAAGUAUCUCUAACUGAAUCUACUUGUUAAACGAACUACUCUAUUUAAGGAAAGAAUGGAGAAUCUAGACAUUUUACAGGUGUAUUGAGCAAAAUAUAUAUUUGGGUUAGUUUUAUCACAUUAUCACGUUUGUCUUUAUAAUUUUAUCUUCAUCCUAAAUUUACUUUCAAGUAUUUUCUCCCUAUCAAAACAGCAGGAAAUUUUUAAACUUUUAUGUUGUGCAGUAGUUUUACAUAAAGUAAGAGCUGUAGUUACCAAAUACUGUUUACUGCUUAGUAAAGGUGGCUUCUGUGUAUUAAACUACAAAUUACAAAUAUCACUUCACUAACCACUAUAAUUAUUUUUGGCGUUUUCAGCCACUGGAACUUUUUUGGGGGUGAUUUAAAUACAGGAAAACUGUUUAAUCAAAAAAUGCACUGCUUUCAUGUAAAAUGAUAUAAUCAUCUUUUCUUUAACAAAUAUUUUCUUCAUUGAUAACUGACAAAUAUCUCAUAGCAUUAACAUAAAAUAUCAGAAACUUUAUCUCCCUAUUCUUACAUUUAGUGUAAAUUAGAAUGCAUAUGUAAAUAUUAGAAGAUGGGCUUAAUCUCUGACAACUUUGUUAAUUUCUCUAGCUACAGCAAUGUAUUUAAAAGUCAGUUAGGUAUGAAUAGUACAAUAACAGUUUGGGUUCUCCCUUGAUAAAAGAAUAAAAGGCUCAGUUCUGAUAGGUGAUUAAAUUUCUUGAAAUUAUUUCAAAUCAGCUGAAAAUUUGGUUGGGGUGAUUGAUGAUUUUUGAGAAGUAAGCCAGGUAUCCUCACAAAGAAGUUUUAGAAUAAGGUUUCUUUUAAGUUUUUAAAUAUCAUCCUUUGUCCUUCCAUAUGGUUUUCAUAACAAAUAUAUAACUAUAGAAUGGUUAUUUUUCUAGUACUAUAAUUUGUGAUAUAGCCACAUCUUGGAGUGCAAGCUAGACAUCUUAAGUAAAAUAUUUUUUUUAGCCUUGGAUGUAACAUUAUAACUAAAAUGCAGUCCUACAAUUCUGUUUGCAGUUCUUCACUAAACAUUUAAAGAAAGUUGUAAAUUUUUUCUUCAAUGAUCCAUUAUAUAGGUAAUCAUACCAAAUUUGAGUUGAUGGCCCAAAGUCCAAAUAGUGUUGAGGAUAGUAUAUAUCUAGAAUACCAGUAAUGAGAAAUUGGUGUAAAUCGAAGAAAAUAAGACGCUGCCAUAUAUUAAGAUAGAAUUAUAAUUAACUCCAUGAGAAUGGUUACUCAGGAACUAGUUAAAGAGCAAGCCCAUUUCUCCCCCUUCACUCUGUUUCAGAUAUUUUAUUGGAAAAUGUUAGGGUAGAGGGCUGACAAAGUUAGCAAAUGCUAUUGACUGAUACUGACUCUAUGUCUUCCAGUGAUUUUUAGUUUGGUUUUUUAGUCAAGCCUACUGCUUGCAAUUAAGAUAUCAAUCUGAAAUGCAUCCGUAAUUUCUAGCCACAGGUCCUUAUUGCCAUUAUUUUUAAGUGUCUUAACUUCAUUGGAGAUGAACACUGACUUUUGCAUAUGGUCUCUUACCUCAGGGAAGAUCACUUGCUAGCAACUCAUACUACUCAUUGACAGGUUUUUGAGAAUUGUACUGACAUCACAUGUUAGCUACUAAAUGCAAAAUUUACAAAAGUAUUGUUUUAUGUAGUUACCUACCAAUACUAUCUGCUACUGAAUAACUCUAAAUAUGUAGACCUCACUAAUAACUAACCUUUAGGUAUAAAAUGUACUUCUGUCAUUAAUUACACUUCAACUUGUCAAUAUAGUGAAACAUCAUAAAGUGUUUAUUUCAGAAUAUCAAUACAGUUUUGUUUUCAUUUUUCAACAGUAAUUUCAAUUGGCCCACACUUAAUAUACUGCAGCACAGAUUUUGAGUUUUAUGGUUCUCAAAGAAAGGUUUCCCUCUUAAGAUUUUUCUAAAACAAAGCCUUUGCAAAAUUGGAUUAAAUUCCACUUACCUUAAUGUGAAUUAAAAAUGACCAUUUAUAAUAAUAGCUCCCUGUUCUGAGUAAAUGUAUCCUACCAUUCAAGGUUAUCAUAUAACAAAGUUGUACAACCUUAAGGCUCUUCACAAUAUAAGAAAUUAAUUUUUCAAACCAGAGCUAUUCACAUGAAAAUAUUCCUUAGUAGAAUGUAUAUUUAAUAAAUAAAGGGGAACUAUAUCACCAAUAUAAGUUAUAGAGUUCAUUGCAAGUUCUACCAUUCUUGAUAAUUCUUUGAGAUGCUAAGUGUUUCAGUUCAUAUUUACUGAUACUUAAAUCGUGGAAUUUUAAUGUUUGUUCCAAAAUAGCAGAAAUUGUAAAAAUUGUGAAUUAUUGGAAAAAAUGCCAUUACUUGUAUAUCUGACAUUUAAAUUUUUUAAUUAUGGAGACUACAUGCUUUUGUAGUAUAUUAAUGAUUAUUUUCUUGUAAAAGAAAAGGAAAAUUAGUAAAGAAAAAAGUUUAGUUGAUGUUAUCUGCUUGUGAGUAUCAAUUACUUAGUUUUAAAAUUUUUAAGCUAUUGCAUACUUUUCUUUAGGAUGCAGAAAUCUCAUCCUGAGCCCUUAUACCUGUGGUAGAGCAAUAAAAGACUGAAAAGGUUAUCAGUAUUUUCAGGCUUAUUUGACUAAGAAUUAGUGCCAAGAACUGGAAAGUCUACUUUUUGGAGAGAAACGAUAUUUAGAAUUUGUAAAAAUAAGCAGUAAUAGUGUAAAUAUUUAGAAAAAUAGCAAGUGCUUUAACUGUUCAAUAAAAUAGUAUAGAUGUUAUGUCACCCUUAA